AUGGCGUCGUUGUCUGUCCUCCAGGUUGAUAAAGAUGAAGGAGACAUAUGUUCCGCCUUUUGGAACCAUUCAAGAAGUUUAGAGGCAUUUCAAGGCUAUGCAGAGUCUCUUGGACAAGUUAAGUUCGUGAUCUUGCUAGCCGUUGUUGACGACAUGGCAACAAUGCGUCACCAAAACACUAUCUCAUUAACGUCAUCUUUUGGGGCUGAGCUGCAAGCCAAACUUGAUACUCAGGCACGAGUAGAACCCGCGGUUAAGGCCCAAGCUGGUGCUCAUGACAAGCCCCUAGAUGAUGCUCCCAACACCGAGCAUGAGCAUGAAAAACAGACUCUUCAUAGGUUAGAAUUUAAGAAGGUAUCGAGUGCCUUUGGACAGCCAACAAGUGGAAUAAAGUUGCGUGUCUGGCAUUUGUAG